GUGAAGGCUCGUUGCUGACUCACUAGAUGUCUGAAUGUGUUGAUGUGAAGUUAGUUGCUGUAUUUUGGUUUGCUUAACUCUAGUUAGUAGUGCUUCUUGGUUUAAGUCAACAUGACAGGCCGUAAACGACCAUUGGCGACAAUGAUGAGCGACGGUCACGAAGACUUGAACACACCGAAGAAAAGAGUGUCAGCGGUCCGUCUUUCGCACUCGGCCUACUCACGAUGGGGAAUGGAUGAAACUUGCCGUUACCUACGAGAUGAAGGUCUGGGACAGUGGCAAGCCCAGUUUAGAGAACAUAACAUCACCGGUGUCGUGCUGAAGUGUCUCAGGAGGGAAGACCUGGAGAAGAUGGCAUUGAGUAAGUUCUUGCUUCUUGGUGACCGACUGCGGAUCUUACAAAGCCUGGGAAAGCUGUGGUGCAUAGAAGAGUCCCCGCAAACAAAUAAGGUCUUCAAUGAUCCCAUUCAUGGGCAUGUCGAGCUACACCCACUUCUCGUCAAUAUUAUUGACACGCCCCAGUUCCAGAGACUCCGAAAUAUCAAACAGUUAGGGGGGACCUACUUUGUUUUCCCUGGAGCAUCCCAUAACCGCUUUGAGCACUCUAUCGGGGUUGGUUACUUGGCAGGACUACUUGUGAAAGCAUUGAAUGAGAAGCAGCCUGAACUUAACAUUUCUCAACGAGACAUCUUGUGUGUGCAAAUAGCUGGGCUCUGUCAUGAUCUGGUAGGACACGGGCCUUUUUCACACAUGUUUGAUGCCAAAUUCAUUCCUAAAGCACGUCCUGGUUUUUCCUGGAAGCGCCAUCAGGUUGCAUCAAUUGACAUGUUUGACUACCUGUUGGACAAAAAUAACCUGAAGCCUCUGAUGGAGGAACAUGGCCUGGUGCUGCCUGAGGACCUCAACUUCAUCAAGGAGCUCAUUGUAGGACCUCUGACCACUAAUGCAGGCCAGGACCAAGAGUGGCCCUUCACGGGACGAGAGAAGGACAAAUCCUUCCUUUAUGAGAUUGUAGCCAACAAGAGAAAUGGUAUCGAUGUGGACAAGUGGGACUACUUUGCCAGGGACUGCUACCACCUGGGUAUCCAGAACAACUCAGACUAUCGUCGCUUCCUUAAAUUUGUGAGGGUGUGUGAGGAGGACGGACAAAAGCUCAUUUGCACUCGAGACAAGGAGGUGGGCAAUCUGUACGACAUGUUCCACACACGAAACUGUCUCCACAAGAGAGCCUACCAACACAGGGUGGGCAACAUCAUAGAGACCAUGAUCAAUGAGGCCUUUUUGAAGGCCGAUAAUCACAUCCAGAUCCAAGGCUCAGGUGGAAAGAUGUUCACGCUCUCAACAGCCAUAGAUGACAUGGAGGCCUACACCAAGCUGACAGAUUACGUGUUUGAGCACAUUCUCCACUCCUCCACCCCGGAGUUGGCUGAGGCACGGCAAAUUCUACAAAACAUUCUGAGGCGUCUCUACAAGUUUGGACAAACCCAGAGUGAAAUACCCUUGGAAAUUACUCAGGAAAUGAUUGCAAAAUGGGAGGAGGAGUUGCCAAGGUCAGUUCCUCAGACUGGCCCCGUGUGUGUCCCUCUCCAGGCUGAAGACUUUAUAGUUAGCGUCAUUCAUUUUGACUACGGGAUGAAAAAGGACAACCCCAUUGAUAAUAUGCGCUUCUAUUGCAAGGCUGACCCCACCAAAACUAUUCAGAUAUCCAAGGAACAGGUGUCCAAACUUCUGCCUGAACAUUUUGCUGAGCAACUGAUCAGAGUUUACUAUAAGAAGGCGGAUGUUGAGGGCCUAGAAGCAGCCCGGAAGCACUUCGUGCAAUGGUGCAUCAACAACAACUUCUCAAAACCUAAGGACGGAGACAUAAUUGCACCUGAACUCACUGGCCUGAUAGACAGAUGGUCCAGCAAAAAAAAAGAAAAGGACGACAAGGAUUUUGGCUGUAGAAAGUUGGCUGUAAAGAAGCUUUUUUCAUAGAGCCACAGAGGUGUUGUGAUCAUGUGGAAGGCAAAUACUAUUUUUUUUUAUAGAGAAAAUCUCUAGUCUAAGUUUUACUUGAAGAAUCAACAUUUUUUUAAGGCUGCAGCUAACGAUUAUUUUUCUAUCGAUUAAUCUAUCGAUUAUUUUUUCGAUUAAUCGGUUAAUCUAUAGAUUAUUUUUUCGAUUCAUCUAUAGAUUAUUUUUCCUUUUACCGAUUAUUUUUUAUUUUAUUUUAUUUAAAAUGAAGAUGAAAAAAUAAAAGUAGGCCAGUUUUUUCAAAAGGCAUGGCUUUUAUUUACAAAAAAAAAAAGUAUGGCCACUCAGUCAACAUUGACAACAACAUGACAAAAUAUUCUGUAACAAUGUAAACAUUUAAAACUUUUAACAUUUAACAAAAUUAAAAGUAGCUUAUUUGCUUUUUAAUGUGCAAAUAUAAAAGUAAACAUCCAGUGCAAAUCUUAAGCAUUUCAAAAGUAAAAGUAUUGCUUAUUUUGCUUUAAAAUGUGCAAAAAUAAAGAUAAACAUCCAAUACAAAAAAGUGCAAAACGAAAUAUUUCUGUAACAGUGUAAACAUUUCAACAAAAGUGAAAGUAUUGCUUAUUUGCUAAAAUGUGCAAAAAUAAAGAUAAACAUCAAUACAAAAAAGUGCCAAUCUAAAUAUUCUGGAGCACUGUAAACAUUAAGUAUUGCUUUUAAAAUGU